AUGGCAGAGAACGAGAACCUAAGACCUGCUUAUGAAGAUGAUCAACCUGGUGAAGACACUUAUAAAAGAGGUAACCAGUACAAAUGGACCAAAGCUCGUAAAUCUGAUCAUGAAGAUGCCAAAACUGACGAGAGUUCGGCAAAUAAGAGAGUUAAAUUAGAUGAACGCUCUUCUACACCAACAGACACAGCGCAAGCUGAAGAGUCGGAGACAAAAGAGAAAAGACUUCCAAAGAGAAAAGUUGCCGUCAUGGUUGGUUAUUGUGGAACCGGCUACCAUGGUAUGCAGUACAAUCCACCAACGCCAACCAUCGAGGCCGAACUUUUCAAGGCGUUUGUGGAAGCAGGCGCCAUUUCGCAGGCCAAUUCCACCGAUCUUAAGAAAAGUGGAUUCAUGAGAGCCGCUAGAACUGAUAAGGGUGUUCAUGCAGGAGGAAAUGUCAUUUCGUUAAAGCUAAUCAUCGAGGAUCCCGACAUCGUGUCAAAAAUCAACUCAAAGCUACCUGCAGGAAUCCGUAUUUGGGAUAUUGAGCGUGUGAAUAAAGCUUUUGACUGCAGAAAAAUGUGCAGCUCUCGUUGGUACGAGUACCUCCUGCCGACUUAUUCUUUGAUUGCUCCCAAACCCGGAAGUGCUCUUUACAAAGAUAUCGAGGACAGCAAAGCCGAAUUCCCUGGCGUUAUAAGCGAAGAUGAAGAAAGUAAAGUCUUCUGGACCAAGUUUUUCCAGGAUGCUGAGGGUCAGUUCACUCCUGAAGAACUAGAAUGUAUCAAAAACUAUGUUGCUCCACCAAGAGACGAAUUUGACGACACCGAUGACACAUAUCAGCUCGUGAAGCGCUACAAACAGCUCGAAAAUACUCACAGAAGGGCUUAUCGAAUCUCCACAACUAAGCUAGAUACUUUCAGAGACGCAAUGAAACAGUAUGUGGGCCCUCACAACUUUUUCAAUUUCACUUUGGGCAAAGACUUCAAAGAUGCUAGCGCCGUGAGAUUUAUGAAAGAACUGAAAGUUUCGGAGCCUUUUGUGAUUGGAGAGAAAAACACAGAGUGGGUUUCCAUUAAGAUUCAUGGCCAAUCCUUCAUGCUGCAUCAGAUUCGGAAAAUGAUCUCGAUGGCCACUCUUGUCACCCGUUGUUCUUGUCCUACCGAUCGCAUAUUGGACGCGUACAAGCCUCAAAGAAUCAACAUUCCCAAAGCACCUGCUUUAGGGCUCUUACUGGAGUGUCCCGUUUAUGACGGAUACAACAAAAAGCUAAAAGAAUUUGGUUACAAUGGAAUCGACUUCAGCGAGUAUCAAGAAAAAAUGGAUGCCUUUAAGAUGAAAUACAUCUAUGAUAAAAUCUACGAGGAGGAAGUUGCUGAGAACGUUUUCAAUGCUUUCUUCAGCUACAUCGACAACUUCAGUCAAGUUACAGGUGCUCAAAGUGUCAAUGAGCAGCAGACCGGAGAAGAGUCAGCAUCCGAGAACAAGAAUCCUGAAAAUGCGCGCAGAAGCGUUUUCGACUUCCUCACCGCCCGCGGAAUCACUGGAACCACCGAAAAAAACCAAAUUCAAAACGAGAAGGCCAGUUCUCCAACGGUGCCUGCGACCGGUCCACUUUCUGAUUUACCUGAGAGUACACCUAUAGUCGAGUAA